AUGGCCGAAUCGCCUCCUAGGCGGGAGACCCGAUUAGCAUCGAUCAAAGGAACUACAAUCAUCGAAGAUGAAGUGAGGUCUGGACGCCAAUCGGAACUAAAGUUGAAGGAGCUGCGACGUGUGGUGAAAGCAGACCCAUUUCAAUCUGCGAAGGGGGUAAUGAGCACUCCUGGGACCCUUUCAGGCUCUGAAAAAGGCGAUAUUGCCGAAACGUUAGCCACGAAUAAAGGAUUGUAA